AUGCCAUUUCGCAAAUCCCUUUUCUAUGGGAAUCGUAUCAUGGAAGAUGGCCUCGUCCGGACAUCGCCCACGGAUGUCUCGUUUAACGAUCCAGCAGUGUGGAAGGAUAUAUAUGGCUAUAAGAGUCGUGGAGAAAACCAGUUCGUUAGAGACAGGUCGCUUCGUGGGAAAAGACCUGGGUCGGGAAUAGGCGAUGAAAACGAAGCAGUGCACGCUCGGCACCGCCGUAUCCUCUCCCAUGCAUUCUCAGAAAAAGCAUUACGAGGUCAAGAAGGCAUAAUGCAGCGUCUUGUAGACCUAUUGAUCUCCGGACUGAAGUUGCAUCUUAAGGAGCACGGCUCCGAGCCAGUGGACAUGACCAAACGAUUCAACUGGACUACUUUCGAUAUCAUUGGGGAUCUGGCUUUUGGUCAGUCGUUUGGAUGUCUGGAAGCUAACCGGCCUCACUACGUGAUCUCCAUGGUAAAUGAUAUCUUUUACAUCCUGACUCGCUCGCAACCUGGCAAUCGACUUCCGAUUUUGAAACCGUUUGAACGCUAUUUGGUGACUUCAGAUGGGCUAGAUGCAUUACCACGCUUCGACCAUUUUGCGCUCUCAACGAUAAAGAAAAGGAUUGAGGAUGGAAACUCUGACAGGAGAGACUUUAUGUCGUACAUACUGGCUCAUAACGACAGGAAGGAUUUUACAGAUGAUGAGCUGACUACGAAUGCCUCGGCCCUGCUCAUUGCUGGAAGCGAAACCACUGCAACAACGCUGAGCGGCGCGGCGUAUUAUCUUCUCAAGAACCCAUCAGCAUACCAACGCUUAGUACAGGAAAUCCGAUCGAGCUUCAACGAAGAGAAAGAAAUUACCAUUAGCGAAGUCGAUAAUUUGCCGUAUCUCGCGGCCGUCAUCGCUGAAACAAUGCGGAUAUACCCUCCCGUGCCUGCCAUUAUGGCCCGAACCGUUCCUGAGGGAGGCAAAACUAUCUGCGGUCACUGGAUGCCGGAAAACACCAUCGUUUCUGUCUCCCAGUAUGCUGCGUAUCGUUCGGACCGUAACUUCGCUCGCUCCGAUGAAUUUAUACCCGAACGUUGGCUUGAUGACCCACGGUUUAAGAAUGAUGUGAAGGAGGUUUUCCAGCCAUUCUCAGUCGGGCCGCGAAAUUGCAUUGGCCAAGUCAUGGCAAAGGCUGAAAUGCGACUGGUCCUUUCCCGGUUCCUUUGGAAUUUUGAUUUGCAACUUUCACCGGAGUCCACGGACUGGCCCGAUGAGCAGAGUGUUUAUGGUUUGUGGAAGAAAGCGCCCCUUAUGCUUCACGCACAUCUGAGUGGAAGCAUAACGCGGGAAUGUCUUCGAGAAAUAUGGCUGCGGAAGAGGGAGCAUGAUCCGAACUUACAAAUCCCGGACCCAAUGAUAGCCAUGCCGCCAGGGAAAGUUGAUUAUUCACUGAAGACCGACCUGGAGAGCGUUCGGUACUCCACCAAGCGCGUCCUCCAAGACUUCCAGGAUGAUGGAGUACGAUAUCUUGAAUUAAGAACAACGCCUCGAGAAAGCCAAGAACACAACUUCUCAAAGGCACAAUAUGUCUCUACUAUCCUUGACGUAAUAGAUGAAUGCAAGAAUGAGACAAUGUCAACCUAUCUCAUUCUAUCCGUUGACAGGACAAAGUCAGCCGCAGACGCGGAUCUUCUCGUUGAUCUGGCCAUUCAGUUCAAACAUCGAGGUGUCGUCGGCGUUGAGUUGGGUGGGAACCCUUCAAGAGGAGAUGUGUCCAUAUUCAAAGAUGCAUUUUCCAAAGCAAAGCAAAACGGCCUCGGCAUUACACUGCACUUUGCAGAGGUUGAGUUCUCGUCUUCGCCGCAGGAGCUAACUACGUUACUCUCUUUCCAACCCGAUAGGCUUGGUCAUGUAAUCAAUGUCCCUGAUGAGAUCAGAGAAGAGAUUGUCCAACACAAGAUAGCACUUGAAUUGUGCCUAUCGUGUAACGUACAUGCGAAAUUAAUCACAGGGGGGUAUCCAGAUCAUCAUUUUGGUUACUGGAGACACAGGGACUGCCCAAUUAUACUUUGUACUGAUGAUGUCGGGUUCUUUUGCAGUCCGGUGUCCAGUGAGUAUUUGCUUGCUGCGGAACAUUUCAACCUCGACUGCUCAAUGUUGCUUGACAUUUGUAGAAAAGGAAUUGAUAGUAUAUUCGGAGGGCCCCAAGAAAAGACCCGAUUGCACAAUCUGGUCAAUGAGUUUGAAGAACAGCAGCAAUGA